AUGCCCGCCACCAAAACGUGAAUCACAAAAUCAUCAGUGCGCAUCAAACGAGCACCGAGGCGACAUGGGUCAACCAAUCCAGGCAUCGCCGCGUUUGUGCUGCGCCUGUCGAACGAGCAAUCGACCACGCCCCCAGACUGGCCCGAACUGCUGCUACCGAUCGUUCAAGCGGGCUGGACGUGGCCCCGAACGGAUCUGCAGCACUGGAUCGUGCCGCUCAACCGAUUUGACCAGGUCCUUGAGAAGCUCGUCGCCGACUACCGCCUCGACUCGAUGGAGCACCCGCAGCUCAAGCCGUUCGACGGCCCGACCAGGAAGAUUGUGCUCGCCAUCCUCGCCUUUAUCAAGGUGUUGCUAGAGAACUCGACCAAUCGCAAGAUCUUUUCGAGCUUUGAUGUGAGUCAAUCGCACCACAGUUUUGGCGCUGCCUCUCGACGCGCUCCUGCCCGAGCUAACGUCUUCCUCGUCUCGCAGCGCCUCAAUGACCUGCUGCACACGACCGACCUUGAAGUCUUGCUUGCCACACUGCGACUCGCUUUGAGACCCGCCCAGCAGUUCUCGAGCACGAACACGGGCAUGACCUCGUUCGCCAUCUCUGAGAAGCGGCUGCUCAACCUCGCCCAGGGGUGGGGCACGCGCGAGUACGCCCUGGAGAUGGUCGAUCUAGCAGCAGACGACGUCGAGAUCCCACCCGAACUCGACGAGGUCGAGUGGCAGUUCUACAAGAAGGCCUUGGCGACCGCGCCGCUUCCAUCCAGUCUGUCGCCCUCGACGCCAGCGACCGGGGUCUUGCGCAAGGACGUCGACGACAAGGGCAAGGGCAAGGAGUCUAAAUCGAGCGAUACGAUGGACGUCGAGGAUGAUCGUCGACCUGGCACUUCUGCGGGUCCGUCCUCGAACGUUCACUCGACUCCUGCCCCCAAGCGCCAGUCUUCCUUCCAUAACUCGCUCCUGUCAACGCCCCUGCCCUCGACGCCGGGCCAGGGCCCAUCAUCUUCGAACGCGCCAUCUCUUCAAGAAGGUCUAACCUCGAUUCAUCUCGGCAAUGUGCGCUUGUCCAAAAAGUCCGCAGUCGAACUGCUCGUCGAGGCGUGCGAAAAGUACGGCGUCCCCGAUUCAAGCCGGCUCGAACUGCUGCAAAAAAUUCGCAUCGCCCAAUCGAUGCGAUCGACGACCGAGCGGAGGACGUUGUUGCUCAUUCGCUUGCUCGCGAUGACGAUCUUUGCGCACACCACGACCGAAGCUCAUAUGCAGACUCGCCUGUUCCUCUACGAACCCGACCUCAUCGCGCACCUAGCCGAACUUGUGCACCCGGACCGAGCGGUCCCGAUCGAGAUCCAGGCUGCCUCGUUCUACGCGCUCGAGGCCCUAGCCCACUUCAAGACCAAGCUCGGCGAAGUCGCCAGCGCGCUCAACGCCAGCGUCAGCCACGGUAUUCUGUUGCACGUGUUCCGACGCACCGUGUCCGACUUUGACAGCGACAAUGCCGUGACGACACACGAGUUCGUCGAUUCGCUCUUCACGCUGCUCGUCUUUUUCCAGACGAACGCUUUCGUCGGCAACCAGAUCGUCGCGGCGGGGAUUGUACCGAUGCUCGUGGACCUCAUCAAGAACACGCGCAGAGAUCGCUUUUGGAUCGUCACCAAGGCCGUGUUGUUCCUCGACAGCCUCAUGUACGGCUACCAGAGCGCCUUCACGCUCUUUAUCUCCAGCGGCGGUUUGCCCAUCUUCGUGGACCGCAUCAAGCAAGAGAUCGAUCGAUGUCUUGAAGAGCAUCGUGGCAAGACGGUCGCCGAGGAGGAUGCCCUUCCUAUUGGAACGCUCUCCUUCGACGAAGCGUCGCUGCUCAAGGGUUUGCUGCGAUCUAUUCAGCGCCUGAUACAGACUUCGGGCAUGACCGAGGGUCUGCGCAACUUAAUCGACACUUCUUUGCUGGCUGCGGUCAAGACGAUCCUGCAGAACCGGCCCAUUUUCGGAGCGCAGGUCUUUGCACUCGCCAUCAACAUCACCGCGACAUUCGUGCACAACGAGCCGACAUGUCUCGCGACCAUCCAGGAGGCCAAAGUUCCAGAAGCUUUAUACGACGCGAUUGGGGAGUCGAUCCCGGCCUCGAUCGAUGUUCUGCAGGCCAUCCCCAACGCCGUCGGCGCCUUGUGCCUCAACGCAGCAGGUCUGGCCCUGUUCAACGAGCGCCCCAUCAUCGCCAAGUACUUCAGCAUCUUCACGAGCGAACGCCAUGUUCGAGCAUUGACGGAAAGGGACAACGGGAACUUGCUCGGCACCUCAAUUGACGAGCUGAUCCGUCAUCAUCCUACGCUCAAGGACAAGGUGUUUGAGUCGAUCAUGCAGUCGCUCAAGGACAUUCGCGACAACGCGCGAUCCUACAAGCCCGACUCACCUGAUGGCUAUCUCUUGCAAGUCGUGCGCGGGGAAGCCGCCGCUUCGACUUCGACUUGGGCUGCAGAAGGUCCGCCGUUGACAUCUGCGGCCGCAGCCCCGCCAGUCACCGCCAUCGCCACCACCUCGACAACGGGCGACGUCGAGAUGCAAGACGCGACUGCGGCCAAACCAACCCUGCCCCCGUCCGAGGGCAAGGACAAUGCUCACUUGCAAGCGAUUGAUGCGUUUGGGAGGGUAAGUCACAGCAGUGGACACAUGUCGAGACGGAGAUCGAGUACAAACUUGAGGCUGACCCCUGAUCGAGAUGACGAUGCUUGCAGUUCCUCGAAGGCUUAUUCCAGCACAUGGCGCACGGCAAAGACUUUGCUCAACACGAGCCGUACGACCUCCUGCUCGAUCUCCUCGGUCUACCGUGCAUGCCGAGCUACGCCCCUGGUACAGGCGCUUUCAGUUCCAUCUCUGCCAUUUUCCGCAUGUUGUCCGAGUUUAAGGGCGUCGAAGCUGUCUCGGCCAUCCUCAAGAAGACCAAGGCGUGCCUUGAACAGACCGAGUGGCUCACGUCCACAUAUUCCGGUGAUAGCAAGCUCAGCUCGAUGAUCUCGCCGAGUGAGUUCGAGCCGAUUUCAUCUUGUCAUUCGAUGCACGUAACUGACUAGGGUUCGGUGUGGGCUUUUCUUCGACAGCCGACACCACGAUUGAUGCCGAGAAUGAGCGAUUCCGCCAGCUCUGCACCUUGCUCUCGCAUAUCACGCUUCUCUCAGAUACGUACAACUCGCUCUCGUACACGCAUGGACGGCUCGCUACGUCGAUGCUCUCCGUCUUUACCACACAGGAGAAUGCCAUCGUGCUUAAGCAGCUCUCGGUCGUCCUCGCGGCGACACAGCGCGAAGGGUGGUAUUUGCAGGGCGUGCUGCCUGAGGCGACGGACCCAGACCAUGCCGUUCGCCAGACACUACACAAGGCGCCGAUCGUGACGCCUCCAGUCGGGCAGUCGGGCACCGAACAAGCAUCGCAAGCAGCUGCCACGCCAACGUUUGAUCCUCCUGUACUGGCAACGCCUACGGCGACCGCGUCACCGUCCAACGCACCCAACGUGCGCGCUCUUAAGGAAGUCAUUCUCGCGGUGCCUCAAAGCGUGCAGGUGACCCUUCAGUGCAUUAUCAAGCUGCUUGUUCAUCGAAGAAGUAACGAUACAGCCCAUCGAGCCGCGUCCAAGCACGUCGCCACGACCAUCGCGCACAAUUUGGCCGACCUGUUGCAAUGGCCCGGCUCGAGUGCCUUGUCGAGCGACAUCGCCUACGCGACCAACCUAUUCCGUGAUGUUUCCGCAUUCCUCUUCGAUCGUAAGUAUGAAGGCAUCAGCGCAUUGCUAGAUUACUCUACGUGCAGACUGACUCGAGUUGCCGCGCCGAUAUUUUUGCAGCUGAUCGCCCCGUCCAGUCGGGCUUACAAACGCUCUUGGCUGCGACCUUCGUCAAAGUAGGCGGACUCGACGCCUAUCUUUCCCUGUUCGACAAGCUCCAGGACGUCGUCUCCGAAGACGCCAGCGGCGGGUUCGGGGAUUUGCUCACAACGUUUGGCGCGCUCAAGAUCGCUCUCGAGACGUUGAACCGCCUCACCUCGCACCGCAUGAUCCUCGAGUCGUCGCAAACGGCCCAACUGCUCACCCGAGAACGCGAUCGAUCCAGCCCUGACUACUUCGACCCCCACGCCUUCCUCGUGCAGUUGCGUGCGACCAUCCUGCCUCACAUCCUGCAGGUGUGGAACAAGCCGUGGCUUCGUCGGUGCCCGCCGAAUGUCGUUCGCAGCAUCGUCGGCACGCUCGUGGGCAUUCUUAAGGCCCAAGGCGAGACCGCCGCUGAUCCUGCCAGCACCGGUCAGACCCCACUUGGCCGUGUCAACGACACCGAGGAUCGGGAUCGAGCAAGCGCUGCACUGGAUCGGCUCAGCGUGCUCGGUGGCUUGCUCAAUCGCGACCGCGCCGCCGCCGCCGCACAACAAGGUCCGCCCGCCGUAGAUCAGACACGAGUCGCGCAGCUCGUCGACAUGGGGUUCCCUCGAUCGGCGGUCGAGCUCGCUCUGCAACGGUGUCGCAACAACGUCGGGUUCGCAACAGAGUACCUCCUUCAGCACCCCGAUCUUGUCGGUGCCGCUCGAGCUCGCGAAGCAGCCGAACCUCAGGCAGCCGCCAACGAAGCCGAAGAUCCUGCCAACCCCCCUGCGAAUCAGGCCCAAGCCCAAGACGGUGACGCCGCAGGCCCCAAUGCGCCGGCACCGGAAGCGGGCGACCCACCUGCUCCGGGGGCCGCUAAUGGCGACGUCGAGCUCGAAAUUGACAUCGUCGUUGGCGAAGAUGCGUCUAUGGACGAGAUCGUCGCUGCCGUCGAGCAAGAACUUGCGACCACCCCUGUCGUCCCUCCCCCAACGACCGAGAUGAUUGAGACGCGUUCGCGUGAGCAGAUCGACGAAGAGAACAAGGCGACUCAGGCUAAACUCGACGAGAUGCGGAAUCAGUUGAAGCCCGAGUUUUUGGCGAAGGCUCUGGUGCUCGCCGAGGACUUUGGAGAUCUCGUCUUCGAUAUAAAGAGCGCGCUCACCCUCCUCGAGACUGGGCCUAUUAGCCUAAAGCCGUUGCUCGAAGGCCUCGAAGGUGUCACUUUCGCCGCUGAGGACAACGACGUGCGAAAGGCGCAGGACAACGCCGCUGCGGUACGGUGGCGCGUCAUUGCUCUCGUACUUGUCGAUCAGUCGCUUCGCCAGAUCAUUGACCCGAACGUCGACACCAUUGUUGCGGCCUCGGCGAGCUUCCAGCGCGAGUACGUGCUUCGCUCCACGGAUAAGGACUCGCGUCCCAAGUGGCUCGCCUCCGUCAUGCUAGUCGCCGAUUCCGUCUUCUCGAUCGGGGAGGCCGUUAUUCGAACAACGGUGGCUCCCCCUGGCGAGGAGUCUUCCGUUCCGACGCUCACGACACUGGGAUCGAACUGGGCCACAGAACGGAGCGCAUGGCUCGACUUGGCGAUGGACGUGCUCAAGAAGGGCAUCUCAGAUCGCGAAACGUUCGUGUCGACGGUGCGCCUGUUGAUGGUGCUCACUCGCGAUCAUGGCCAUGCCGCUCGUUUCGUCGCCGAGCAGGGUCUCGAGCCCUUGUUGGCCGCGUUCGCCGUCGAGAGACCCGAGACAGCUGCUUGUCGCGCUUACGUGACAAUCAUUCUGAGGCACGUCGUCGAGGACGCAUCGAUCCUCCUGCCGAUCAUGGAGUCCGAGAUCAAUGCGUGGUUCUCUUCCUCGCGAUCCAAGAACGUCGAGCUGGCCAUCUUCUUGCGCGGCUUGACGACGAUUGCGUUCCGCAAUGUGACAACCUUCCUCGAAGCGGUCAAGACGACGUGCAAGCUCAUACCAAGAGUCGAUAGCUCACACGGCUACCUGAUUGGUCUGCAAAAUGAGCCGCAGUCUAGCUCUACGAGAUCCGCCGAAGCAGACAUCCGCUCGCCGAUCGUAGACCGGGACGGCGCCGGGCCCGCUGAGAUGUCAACUGACGAGGCGGUGCGAACGACGUCCAAGACGCCCUCUAAGCUCUCUGGAUCGAUGCAAUUGCCGCCCAAGAGCGUCCCCGCGCACGUCGAGGCGCUGAUGCAAACCAUUUUGACCACCGCCAUCGAUGCGACCAAGGGCGCGCUUGUGCCAAUUCCCGUCCCCGCAGCCGAGGUUGCCGUACCGGUCGCAGAUCUUAAGACGACUGAUGCGGCGACUGCAGCCGAUACCGAUGCUGCUCUUGCAUCGGCACCGACAGCCGCUGCCGACGCCGUCAAGAAAGACGCCAAGGAUGCCCACAUACCCGCCGACUUGCCUCUCGGCGACUACUACCAAGGCACCUACGCGCUGUCGGCCCUGGCUGAGCUGGUCGCUGCGUACCCCGUAUGUAAGACAAGUUUGCUGUCGUUCUCGAGUCGUCGUCCCAGGGAUCCGAGCUCGACUGGCCCCGUCAAACCGAAGCUAUCGUUCUUGCACUUCAUCCUGAACGAUCUGCUUCCUGUGGGAUCGAUCAGCACACCCUCGGACUUUGAGUCGCGCCGUCGGACCGCCGUCUCCAACGUUGCUGCGAUCGUUGUCGUCGCGUUGUGUCACGAUCCCACACCGUCUUCGAUCGGUGCCCCCUCGGCGGACGCUUACGUGCUCGAACUUACGAACGCGCGCAAAAGCGUGCUCGACUCGAUCGCCAGAGCCUUCCGGGACGCGACAUCGUCCAGCGAGCCGAUGGAUAUUCGUUACGGCCGGUUGCUCAUGCUCUCCGAGCUUUGCCAUCGCCUGCUGUCGAGUCGACCGUUCACUUCCGUCAACAAGGGUUCGGACGAGACGUCGAUGCAGAUUGCCAAAAUGAUGCUCGAAAAGAACUUUGCAGGCAUCCUCACCAACGCGCUUGCCGAAGUCGAUCUUAAUUUCCCUUCCGUCAACAACCUCAUCAAUUCGAUCCUGCGCCCCCUCGAGCAAUUGACCAAGGUUGUGACCAAAGUCGGGCGUCGCCCGGGGGCCACCGGAGGUGGCUCGCUGGUCGGCGGGGCUCGUCGCAGCGGUGCCGACAUCGAUGACUCGACAGGCAUGGAGGAGUACAUCGACGAAGACGAUAUCGAGGAAGUCAUCGAGGUCGGAAGUGAUGAGGAGGAGGACCAAGAGCCACCUGACCUGUACCGCAACUCGGCGCUGGGAAUGUACGAAGGCGAGCUCGAGCCUGGCAACAACGAGGACGCCUACAUGACGGGCGAAUCCGAAGACUACGAUGAUGAGGACGACAUGAUGGACGAGAUGGACGAUGGAGCCCUGCCGGGCAGCGACGUGUCCGACAUCUCGGACGACGAGGAUGAAGACGCGAUCGACGAGGCCGAAACCAUGGCCGACGAGAUGGAAAUGCGAGACGAGAUGGACGAUGACGACGACGAUUCCGACUCCGACGAUGAAGACCGCGAUGACGAUGAUGACGACUCGGAUCUCGACGACGACGAUGCCCUGAUCCACGAUGACCUACUAGGCCCCGGCUCGGGAGAUGAGGACGAAGAUGAGGACGACGAAGGCAUCGAUGAAAUCAUCGAGGAAGGCGGAAUUGACGGCGAUGACGACGGCUGGGUCGACGAAGACGAAGGGGAUCUUGUCAUCAAUGACGAUGGGGACCUGGCCGACAUCGAGGCUGGUUUUGUCGAUCAUGAGGGUACGCCUAUCCGCGCCGCUGCCGCCGAGGACGAUGACGAAGAAGGGGACAGCGAGGAUCCCGACUCGUACACCGAUGAGGAGGAACAUUACAUUGCGGGAGAGUUGGAGUUUGAAGCUGAGAUGACGGAUCAACUACACGCUGCGCAGGGCGGUGGAGGCGCACUCAAUUGGGGACAGUUGGCAGGAGACACUGGUCGCCGAGCACGGACUGGUUAGUCCUUGUUCCGCCUCUGAUUAUGCUUGGACUUAUUUGACAUCCGUUAUUGUUUUUUGCAGACAUGGUCGCGGAUGCGGACGUUUUCGGUAACCCUCGCCGCAACCACCCGAGCACCCAGGCGGCGGCAGCGCACCCUCUUCUGGUCGAAACCCCCGCGAGUGACGGUGGAGCGGACUCGUUGGUAUCGCGCCGCGAUCGAGGAGCCGGCGCCCGUGGUACACCAGAGUACGAAGCAUGGGCCAACAACAUUGAACGUAUGCUCGGACCCGGUGGCGUCGACACGCUGCAUCAACUGCUUGGCCAGCACGGGCUCGCCCAUCUAUCCGGUCCCGACCAGCUCCGCGUCGGCAUUGCUCCAGGACCCGACGGUGGGCUCGCGAUGGUGAUCGAUCCCACGCCUUUGCCACACGCACAGGGCGGAGAAGCUCAAGGCGCCGCGCGAACCUAUCGUUCAAGUACGACACCCACAGGCGCGCCGCCAUCAUCUCGCUCGGUGGCCCGACAAUUGGCCGAGCGACUGGGCGCCACUUCUGAAUUCUUUCCUGUUCAGACGGCGCAAAGAUGGCAUGACGAGAGCAAGAUCAUCCAAGGUGCGUUGAGCCUCUGUUUUUGUGAAGGCAUCUUCUCCAUUUGAACUGACAAUGUGCAUUCUCAUCCUUGCGACAGGUGCUAUGACCACGGUGGAACGCAGCAGUCGGCUGACCCAGCAUGUGAUCAACGCCCUGAUUGCGCCAGCUCGUGAGCUCGCGCAAAAUGAGGAGGCGACUGAACGUCGCGCAAAGGAGAACACAGACGAUCGCGUAGACGUCUCGGGCGAAGUAGCGUCUGAGGGUCAAGAGGAUGGGGAGCAGGUUGACGGAGCCGAAGAGGGGGACGACCACCCAGUCCCCGAGCCGAUGGACGUGGAAAACCCCUCUGCUCAAGCCGCGCCAGCAGUCACGGUAACAACUGCCGCCCCACCGACUGCAGCUGCGGCACCACUUCCUUCGGACGACGUCCAAGCGGUGAUGGCGCUUGCUCGGUCUCUAGCUGCGGGACUUGCCGUCCCUUCGUCUGAUGCGGCCGGCAACACUUCAUCGACGGCUCCACCUUCAAGCUCAGUGGAAUCAUCGGCCCCCGCCAUGGCCGGGGGCCCGGCGCCGACACCUAUGGACGAAGAGCCUGCUCUAGCUUCGCCCGAGGCGUUUUCAUCAACCAAUGAGCCCAGUGCCGCCGCACCGGCUGAGGCAAGUGGUUCAAGCAACACUGGACCCACUGCUACUACUUUGACUGGCGCCGGCGACGAGGCUGCAGCAGCCCCAGCUGAGCGCGUGGUCAUCCAGGUCCGCGGGCGAGCCGUUGACAUCACAGACACGGGAAUUGAUCCAACCUUCCUCGAGGCUUUGCCGGAUGACAUGAGGGAGGAGGUUCUCAACCAGCACUUCCGAGAAGCUCGAUCGACGGGACCACCACCGCCCGUCGUACCCGUCGAAUCCAACAUCGACACGACCUUCCUCGACGCUCUUCCCCCAGAGAUUCGGGCAGAGGUGUUGCAGCAGGAGGCGGCGCAGGCUCGUCGCGAACGCGCUCGCGACGGCGCCGCCGCAGGGGGCGCUCAAGCUGGCGUGCGUCCCGAACGUACAGACCCCGGACUCGAACAACGCGAGCGAGAAGCCGAUCUUCUUUUCGGCCCAGGUGGCUUGCCUGAUAUCGUGGCUCAAGUGCGAGGAGCGGCACCGCAGCGGGCUCGCGCCCGGGGUCAGGGAGGCAUCGCUCGGCAGUUUAUUUCGGCGCUAGAUGCCGCCGCAGCGGCCGCCACUGGCACGCCUGUCGCAGGCUCAUCGGCCGCCAAGAAGGCUCCUGCUCAUCGAGAGGCGAUCCAACUGCUCGACAAGGCCGGGCUUGCGACCCUCGUGCGGUUGCUCUUCUUCCCUCAACCUCUGCGUCGCAACUCUCUGCAAAAGGUUCUCGUGAACUUGUGUGAAAAUUCGCGCACCCGUACUGAGUUGAUCACUCUUCUGUUGACCAUCUUGCAAGACGGAACCCGUGAUGUCUCUGCCGUAGACAAGAGCUUUUCCCAAAUGUCUCUGCGCGCAAGCAAGUCGUUGACGACAUCCAAGGAUACGCCGCGACGACGGGCCGGACUCGACACGCCUGGAGGAACGCUACCUCACUUUCCCGGCGAGAGCGUGCCCAACCUGAUCGCGCAGCGUUGUCUCGAGGCAUUGAUGUAUCUCGUCGCUGCAAGCGAACAAGCUUCUUUGUUCUUCCUCACCGAACAAGAGCUGCGGCGCAGCUGGAAGAAGGGCAAAGGCAAGGAAAAGGUAAGCAGCCUUUUGGUCUUCUGCGCUUUCCCAUCGCUUGGUAUCUGGCCCGAACUCUGACACUUCAUUCCUGCGUUUCUUUGCACGCAUCUAGGCCGCGCCCCACACCACCUAUCCGAUCAUCGUUCUGCUUGGCCUUCUGGAUCGCCCCGCGUUGCUCAAGACGCAGAGCAUGAUGGACUACCUGACGAACUUGACGGCGACUAUCACUCGUUCGCUUUCGGCGCUACAGAAAAAGAAUUCCAAGGCAUCACUUGGGCCCGAAGCGACGGUUGCUUCGACCGAGUCCACUGGAGAUGUUAGCGCUUCUGCUGCGGCGGUGACGACUACAGCGACCACGAGCGAAGCGGCCCAACCGCAGGAAGGUCUCGGCGCGACGGGGGCAUCUUCCGGCGGCGAACCUGCAUCGGCGAGUGACAAUGCCGCACCCAAGGACGCGAAGGAUGUCUCGCCCGCGGAUGCCCUGGUCAAGAGUCCGCCACAAAUCCCGGCCUCGGUGUUGCGCUUGGUGGUGAACGUCCUCGACGCCGGCGAAUGCUCGAGCAAGACGUUUCAACAAACGCUCAUCCUGAUUCAACACUUGUCGUACCUGCCCGAGGCGCGCGAGAUCAUCUCGGAUGAGUUGAGGAGCCGCGCGCAAGCCCUCGCCGACUCGAUACUGCCCGACCUCGACGAGCUAUUGCAAACGAUACAAGGAUCGGAUCAGGUCCGCGGCGCGACGCUGGCCAAGUUCUCGCCGGCCUCGGCUUCCCAAGCCAAACUGUUGCGCAUUCUUAAGACGAUCGAUUGGGUCAAUGGGCCGCAGAAAAAGUCACCUGCGGCUUCGGAAGAUCCGACGACGGGCAAGAAGAAGCUCACGGUUGAGGAGGAGAAGGUCAAGGAGAUCUUCCACGAGUUCCGCUUCGAUGGGCUUUGGAGCCGCCUCAGCGAGUCCCUAUUGGCCGUCGAGGCCCGACCCGAGUUGCUCUACCUUGCCACCGUUCUGCUGCCGCUGAUCGAGUCACUGUGAGUUUGGCUUUCGUCCAUCGGAACGUGUCUGAGAUACUGAAGUUAUCAUUGUCAAUGAAUUGUCACACCUCGUAGUAUGGUCGUCAGCAAGUAUGCAUUCGUUGGCUCGUCCACCAAAGCCGACGAGGGAAUGCCACUGGCUUCGCCUCAAAUCGCACUUUCACCAACACUGCAAUCCCCGCUGGAGGACAAGACGAUGGGAAACAUCUUCCUCAGGUUCACCGACGCUCAUCGCAAGAUCUUGAACACGAUGGUCAAGAACAAUCCUUCGCUGCUGUCAGGUAGCUUUUCGAUCCUCAUCCACAACCCCAAGGUUCUCGAGUUCGAGAACAAGCGAGCAUACUUCUUCUCAGUGCGUCCUUGAUGUUGCGGCCAAAGCUUGACCUGUUUUCGUCUUGCUGACCCCUCUUUUGACUGAUAAUACCCACAGCGAUUGCAUGAUCGGAGUCAACGACGUGGACAACACUAUGGCAACUUGGCCGUCAACGUGAGACGGUCCCAUGUGUAAGUUUUAAGUAUUUUAGCGCGCCGGACUUGCCUCAGCUUGACAGUCAUUGACGAUUUCUGCUACCUUCAGGUUCGAGGAUUCGUUCCGAGUGUUCGAGCGUCACACCGGUGAUGAGAUCAAGUUCGGAAAACUGAACGUCAAGUUCUACAACGAAGAGGGUGUCGAUGCCGGAGGUGUGACGAGGUCUGUAUCCCCCCUUUUGGUGUGGGGCUCAUUUGAUCAUUGGACCCUCGAUUGACUGUUCUUCUUUGAUUGUGAUGCUGCAGGGAAUGGUUCUCGGCCCUUGCUCGACAAAUGUUCAACCCUGGCUAUGCCCUUUUCCAACCUCAAGCGGCGGAUUCUUUGACUUACCAGCCCAACAAAGUGAGUUCGUGCCUUGUGAACCUUCCAAGGAGUUAUACUGAGACCAGACUGUUCAUUCUCAUAGUCCUCGAGCAUCAACGAACUUCAUUUGGCCUUCUUCAAGUUCGUGGGUCACAUUAUCGGAAAGGCACUCCACGAUCAAAGGGUUCUCGAGGCGUACUUCUCUCGAUCCGUUUACAAACACAUGCUCGGCAAGCGUAUCGACCACAAUGACCUAGAAUCGAUCGAUCCCGAGUACCACAAGUCGCUUGUGUGGAUGCUCGAGAAUGACAUUGACGGCGUCAUCGAUUUGACUUUCUCGAUCGAGAGCGACGACUUCGGCGUGACGAGCGUCGUCGAUCUCCUGCCAAAUGGGCGCAACAUCCCCGUGACCAACGCCAACAAACACGAGUAUGUACGUCUGAUUGCGGAUCAGCGGCUGUCUAUCGAAAUCAAGGAUCAGAUCGACGUGAGUCAGGCAAUCUUAGUUUACGCCGUCCGAAAUUGCCGCCGAGGCGCUGACAUCAGACUUGCCAUUUCUCGAUCAGGCCUUGCUCAAGGGUCUUUACGAGAUCGUUCCUAAGGAUCUAAUGCGCAUCUUCUCCGAGCGCGAACUCGAACUGCUCAUCUCCGGCUUGCCCGAGAUCGACGUCGACGAGUGGCGCGCCAACACGAACCUGGUCAACUUCACAUCGACCGACCCCGUUAUUGGGUACUUCUGGCGUGCCGUUCGCUCCUUCUCGCACGAGGAGCGUGCCAAGGUCAGCUCUUGAAUUUCGGAACUCCUUAUUGGCGGACUCGCGUGCGAGAGAUUGACUUCCUCGUCUGUUGUCACCACAGCUCCUUCAAUUCGUUUCGGGAUCGUCUCGAGUUCCCCUCGAAGGAUUCGCCUCGCUCCAAGGCAUGUCCGGGGUGACGAAGUUCUCAAUCCACUCAGCCGGUGCUUCCAAGGCGCUGCCAACGGCACACACGUGCUUUAACCGUGAGUUGUGUCGAAUCACACUGGGUGGACAAAGCGUUAAUCCUCUCCACCCCGUCCCGAAAACAGAGCUUGAUCUGCCCACGAGCUAUCAAUCGUACGAAGAGCUUCGCAAAGCGUUGCUGACGUCCAUCACGGAGGGCGCUGGCUCUUUUGGAUUCGGUAUGUUCUUUCGGAUGCUCCUGCCUACUGUUUGUUUGUGACCUACCGACUGACCGACACUUCUCUUUACUCCGCGCAGCCUAA